CCUCAAAAUACGCUACAUCUUUGGCUUGUCUUUCAAUUUUAGAUGUGGAUGUGGAUGUCCUUCAUUUUCACAAUCUUCUCCUCCACCUCUUCUUCUUGUUCUUCAUUCUUUCCUAAUUAUCUCUGUAUCUCUAUAACCAACCCAAUCUCCCUGUCCCCUCUCUUUCCCCCUCCUCUCUCCUCUCCUUCAUGGGAGAACAUCAGACACGUUCCCCAUUAGAUUCCCACAGCAUCCUUGGUGUCCCUAAAGGUUCCUCCAUUAAAGAUGUCUGCAAGGCCUACAAAUCCCUUGUCACAAGAUGGUAUCCUGAUAAGAAUUGUGCUUCUAGCAAAACUGAUGAAGAAGAUGCCAAGUUAAAAGUCCUUAAUGAAGCUUACUUUGAGGCCCUUCACAAGAAACAAGAGGAAGCUAAUAAUGGGGGAGGAGGGGAUAAUCUCUUCUACCAGAAUCGGAGGAGCGUCGACGAUCAGUUCUACACGCCGUCAUUCCUCUCUAGGAAUACAACCCGAAGAUGUCAAACUCCAUCGCCGGUUUCUAGCCCACUCACAAGAAGCUUGAGCAGAAACACCACCCCUAGCAGCAGCCCUACUGAGCCAUUGUUCUCGAGAAGCACGAGCCGAAAGAGCACCAGCACUGCCAGUCCAAUGUCCAGCCCUAAUGAAGCACCACCUCUCUCGAGAAGCACAAGCACAAGCACAAGCACAACCACAAACAGAAGGAAUACCAACUCCAUCCCCAUCACCCCUAAGGAGCCACCACUCUUGAGAAACUUGAGCAGAAGGAGCAGCACCACACCUAUCAUGUUUUCCUUCUCAAAUACAAGGACUAAGCCCCCACCAAUUGAGAAGCAGCUAGGCUGCACCCUUGAGGAGUUGUUGAAUGGAUGCACCAAGAAGAUCAAGGUCACAAGAGAUGUCAUUACCAAUACUGGAUUGAUUGUUCAAGAAGAAGAGCUGCUGAGGAUAAAAGUUAAACCUGGAUGGAAGAAGGGAACAAAGAUUACAUUUGAAGGAAUGGGAGAUGAAAAACCAGGAUUUUUACCAGCCGACAUCAUCUUCUUGAUUGCAGAGAAACGUCACCCAAUAUUCAAGAGAGAAGAUAGUGACUUGAUCUUAUCAAUAGAGCUUCCAUUAGUAAAGGCCCUCACUGGUUGCACCCUCUCAAUUCCUCUCUUGGGUGGGGAGAAGAUGGGUUUGUUACUGGAUGAGAUUGUGUACCCUGGUUACCAAAAGAUAAUCCCAGGCAAAGGGAUGCCUAAUCCAAGAGAGCAAGGAAAGAGAGGAGAUCUGCGAGUCAAAUUCCGCAUUAAUUUCCCAACACAGUUGAGCGAUGAACAACGCUCUGAUGUUGUUGAUGUUCUUCAAGAUUGUGAUUAAAAAUCAAAGUUGUUUUACCUUAAUGUUUCUUUUUCAAAUUUUCUCUUUGGCAUUCACAUUCACUGCCAAUACUCAAAAUCUUGUACUAGUGUAUCAUAUAAAAUAGAAGCUUAAUAUAGUCAUCCAUAUGGUUUAAACAGA